AUGUCCCCAACACAGAUCCCCUCGGAUUCGAUCCUGAACAAGUUCCUGUCGUUGAAGGGCAAGAACAUAGUCAUAACGGGCGGUUCGCGCGGCCUGGGCUUCAUCUUCGCAUACGCUUUGGCCCAAGUGGGCGCCAACAUCGCCGUCAUCGACAUCGGCGAGAAGCCGAAUUCGGAGAACAUGGCCAAGCUGUCCGCGUAUGGUGGGAAGUAUGAAUAUUACCAGGCGAACGUGGUCGACUAUCAACGCUUGAAGGAGACGAUCGAUAGGAUACACGGGGAUUUCGGGAGCAUUGAUGGAUGCAUCCCAGCCGCAGGAAUCAUCCGCGACAGACCGUUCCUGGAACACACGGAGAAGGACUUCAAGGAUACCAUGGACGUCAAUGUCAACGGCGUCUUCUACACGGUGCAACACUGCACGGCGAAAAUGGUCGAGCAGAAGACCGGAGGCAGCGUCGUCUGCAUCGCCUCGACGGCGGGGCACAAGUCGCUGGCGCCCCAGGAGAUCGCGGCGUACACGGCGUCCAAGUACGCGGUGCGGGGCAUCGCCAAGCAGGUCGCGCACGAGCUGGCAAAGUAUGGGAUUAGGGUUAAUUCGAUUAGUCCAGGGACCGUCCAGACCGACAUGUUGGAGAGCGUGAUGCAGCAGAACCCCAGCCGCCGGAAACUCUUCGUCGACAGCUGCGCGAUGCACCGGCUGGCGAUGCCGGACGAGUUGGCCGGGAUUGUGCUGUACCUCAUGAGCGACGCGGCCAGUUACACGACGGGCCAGGACUUUUUGGUCGAUGGCGGCAUGGUCUAG